AUGGGUAAAGGUAGCGAUACACCAAAUCCGAUUCUUAGAUUUGACUGGAUGGUUUUAAAUUAUUUAAAUUCAUUUGAAGAUAUUGAUAUAUUAACAAGACAAACAAUUCACAAUUAUAUUCAGUUUAUUUCUGAACGUGCUAAUGGAAAUUUGUUAACAAAUGCUAUGUGGAUACGAAAAUAUGUCCAAAAUCAUCCAUUACAUAAACAUGAUUCAAUUGUUAAUGAACAUAUUCAAUAUGAUUUAUUUUGUCAAAUUGAACAAAUUGCAAAUCAAAAACAACUAAAUCUUUCUCAUCUUGUUUCUUUUUAA